AGGGCCUGCUUGAGACGCUCCACGCGCUGCGUAACCUGCUGCUGCGGGGGCUGUGGGCGAUUGCGGGGCUGGAGGGCCUGUUCGUGGGUCUCCUGGCAGCGGGCGGGGUGACGGAGCUGACCCUCAUGGUGGCGGCGGUGGCGCUGGGGCCGCAGGAGCUCACGAGAAGCCGGCGCCGCGGCAGUGGCCCGACGGGGGCAAAUGCUGACGGCUCGCCCACGCCACCCCUCUCGCCGACGUCACCGCCGCCGCCAGCUGUCUCGUUGGAGCUGACGGAGGAGGCGGUGCGUCGUUCAAGAGGCGCUGACGGGGUUGGCGGCGGAGGCGGAGGUCAGGCCCGUCAACCUGCAUCUGCCGAUGCUGCCCCGGACGCCGCUACUGUCGGCGGAGCUAACACUAGCAGCAGUGCAAAUGGAGGUGGAGGGGACGUCAUUGACAUUGUCGUACCACGACUGGCCAGUAGCUCGUCCGUACGCUCGCAUCUCUCCUUCUCGCACCUCGCCGCACAGCUGCCGUACGACAUCCACUUCCCCUCGGCAGCCGCCGUCGCAGCGACGGCAGCGGAGGCGACGGUCGCCGCCACAGCUGCGGCUACGGCUGCCGCAAGCGCUGCUGCUGCCGCCGCCGCGCGGGUCCCCUGGCGCACACUUGCGUUGCUGGCGGCGGUUGGGUACAUGGAGGUGGCCGCCUCGCUACACCUGCUGUGCUUUGCGCUGGGCCUGUGGAUUGGGGUGCUGGGAGCGAGUGAGGGCUGCUCGGCUGCCGUGCAGGGGUUAUACCGGGUCAUUUCCUUCUCCCCGGACGUGUGCCUCGACCUCUCCAUGAUUGGAGUGCCCGGACCCAGGUGCGGCGGUGACUUGCUGCGCAUGUGCAAUGUGUGGCGGCAGCUGCGCCUCUCCGGCCUGCUGUACGGCUCGCUGCUCAUCAUCGCCGCGCGCCUGCUGCUGCUCGUCAUGGCGACCGCUAACUACCACUCACGACACGCGGUGCUGCUGCCGCUGCCGCAGCCGUCAUCGUCGUCGCCGUUGCUGCACCCGCCACCUUCAACUGCUUCGUUGCGGCGGCGGCAGCAGCAGCACUGCCGUCGUCAGAGGGGAGGCAACGCCCAUAAGAAGAAAAGCGAGCAGCGUGCCGGGGUGUGCGGGGCCGCGGAAAUGGGCCGCCGCAGCGGAGGCGACAGCAGCGGUGGUGGUGGGAUGGCGGAAGGCCAACCGCAGGAGGCACGGCGGCGGCGGCGUGGGGCCAGGCAGGCCGCAGCUGCUGGUGGUCUCGCUGAUAGCCCUAUACCAGAAGCCGGCGAUGGAAGCGAUGUGGAUGUGGGUGGUAUUGGCACGGCUAAGACGACUGCUGUGGCGGUACCGGGGGUGGGAGGGGCAGCGGGAACAACAGCAGCAGCAGCGGGAUUACGGCCCAGGCAGGUGACGCGUAUGGGCAGUGGGACGGGUUCGGUUCUGCCGCCGUCAGCAGGGAUGGGGG